AUGCUGUGUGAUGAGGGAAAAGUCGGGAUUAAUAAACCGGUCCUACUUUUAACCAAUCUAAACGAGUCGCCUUCACUAGAACCCGCCCCGAAACCCGAGACAUACCCUCCAGAGAACACGAUCGCAGAGCCCAACCGCUCCUCUUUGUCCCCGGUACCGGUUGCUACCAAGCCGUCAGACACCGACUCGCCCGAAAAACCAAACGAGCAUAGAAGUCAUGAAUCCCGUGAGCCAGUGCUUGAGGCAUCCACCCAAGAGUCACGGACCAUAGCACCGGUCCAACUUCUAACAUCUCCAGAAGUCGAACCGUCGAUACAACCUGGUGAUCAAGGCCCCAAGGGAUCCCAUCAAGAGUCACAAACCGAAGCACCGGUUCAACUUCCAACUACCUGCCCUAGGGUGCAGACAGUGUAAUACAGUGCAUUACGGAUGUAGCAGCUAGGGGCCUAGCAUUUGCUGGUAAGGUUAUCAAGAUGAAACAGAGUUUGACAAGGAUUCGAAGGAUGGUUUACAGCUCUUUUUUCGGGACUCCGCUGAGAGUUCGAUUCUACCUGCCGCAUUAUUAGGUUGUAGCUAAUGAGCUUGCGCGAGGUAGGUAAUUCUACCUACAGGGGAAUUGCAGCUGGAUGUUCAGUUAGACGGCAAUAGAAGCAAGCGGCGAACAACCCAACACAAGAAAAGAGCAAAAAGAAAUAUACUUGAAAAAGCAAAAAAGAAAUGAG